CUUUCAUCUUCAUUCCCUUCGUUGCUUUCCGCUUCAUUGACUGAGGCUUUCACACUCUUUGCGCUGCGCGCUCACUCUUUACAAACACUCUACAUACAUUACUUUACAUUCUCUACAAACUUUUCCUUCUUCUCCCAAAAACCACUCUAGCAAUCAUGCGUCAAGCUCAGUCUGCCUCUCUCCUUGCGGCCCUUCUGUCGGCCACCCAGGUCGCUGCCCACGGUCACGUCACCAACAUCGUCGUCGACGGUGUCUACUACGAGGGCUUCGACAUCAACUCCUUCCCCUACGAGUCCGACCCCCCGAAGGUUGCCGCCUGGACCACCCCCAACACCGGUAACGGCUUCAUCUCGCCCGAUGAGUACCGCAACCCUAACAUCAUCUGUCACGAGAACGCCACCAACGCCCAGGCCCACGUUGUCGUCGGUGCCGGUGAGAAGAUCAACAUCCAGUGGACUGCCUGGCCCGACUCCCACCACGGUCCCGUCCUGGACUACCUGGCUCGCUGCGACGGCAGCUGCGAGACCGUCGACAAGACCGACCUGGAGUUCUUCAAGAUCGACGGCGUCGGUCUCGUCAGCGACACCGAGGUCCCCGGUACCUGGGGUACCGACCAGCUGAUCAACAACAACAACAGCUGGAUGGUCGAGAUCCCUCCCUCCAUCGCCGCCGGUAACUACGUCCUCCGUCACGAGCUCAUCGCUCUCCACGGCGCUGAGGAGCAGGACGGCGCCCAGAACUACCCCCAGUGCUUCAACCUCCAGGUCACCGGUACCGGUACCGCCACUCCCUCCGGUGUUAAGGGUACCGAGCUCUACACUGCCACUGAGGGCGGUAUCCUCGUCAACAUCUACUCCUCCCUGAGCACUUACACUAUGCCCGGCCCUACAGCCUACAGCGGCGAUGUCUCCAUCACUCAGACUACUUCCGCUGUCACUUCCACCGGCACCGCCGUGGUUGGCAGUGCUAGCGCCGUCGCUUCCGCUUCCUCGACCGCUGCCGCCGCUACCAGCGCUGCUGCCGUGACCAGCGUUGACACCAACACCCAGAUCGCUCAGUCCAGCAGUGCCCCUGCCCCUGCUGCCCCUAGCUCCAGCUCCUCCGCCUACACUCAGAUCCCCGUGCAGGUCCCCUCUUCUUGGACUACCCUGUUGACCUUCACCAACACUCCCCAGGCUGUGCAGCCUACUACCUCGGUUCAGCCCGAGCCUGCUCAGUCGACUAUCACCCCUGCUCCGGCUGUUAGCUCUGCUGCCUCCGGUAGCUCCGGUAGCCAGUCUCUGUACGGCCAGUGCGGUGGUAUCAACUGGACUGGUGCUACUCAGUGCGCGAGCGGAUCUAGCUGCCACUCGUACAACCCUUACUACUACCAGUGCAUUGCAAGUGCUUAAGUAGCGCUUUAGCCUUUUUUACAGAUUCACUCUUAUCAGUGAUAGCUAGUCUAUGCUGUUUAGUGUAUUAAAUACAAUGACUUGCCUCAUAUGCUCUCCCAAUAAACAUCAAUAGUACUUACUCUAGUAGAUACUACUAUAAAGCUACUACUAAGCCGUAUCCUAUAUAGAUCAGAACCCUUCACAAACACAUUCACAUUACAUUCAUAUUCCUCAAGGAACUCUCGACAGAUACCCAGUACAUACUUCCGUCAGUCAGACCAUUACUACCCAAAUAUAACUUCAUAUAUA